UUUCAGGAGUAUUAAUUUUGCCUUGUUUCUUUUUAUCCAAUUUAAUCUGUAGUGCCUUUAGGGGAAAUAAUAGCCCCUUUUUUCUAGGUCUGAACAUACUCGCUUGAAAUAAGUUAUAUGCUCAGUGUAUCAACUCUCGGGAGUGACGCCAAGCAGCAAGAAAUAACAGCAAAUAUAUCGAGUGCUUAUUAAAAAUGGAUGUCAAUAAAAGUCUAAAGUCAGAAUCAUUUGCCUUGAGCAAAUCGCUGUAUUCUGCGAUCAAGAUGUGGAGGAAGUUUUUGUAUUCGUCUGCCACCUCUUCCGUGUGGCUCUACCAUAAGACCUUGGGACAUACAGAUAUUGGACCUUCAACAGGCACUCUCAGUAUUACAGAUAAUCGCACGGGCAGAAAUUACACCAUUCCAAUCAAUAACAAUUCUGUCAAGGCCCUCGACUUUAUCCAAAUAACGUCUGCUGGCUUGGGAACUGAAGUUGCGGACCAUUACGACAAUAGUCUUCGUAUCCUCGACAGAGGAUUCUGGAAUACGGCAUGCACAGAAACAUCUAUUACACACAUCGAUGGCAAAGUUGGCUAUAUGCAAUAUCGUGACAAGCCGAUUGACGAGUUAUUUCACCAAAAUGACUACGAAGAGGUGAUGCAUCUUCUUAUUUGGGGCACGAUUCCUACGAGGGAGCAGAAGAUAAAUCUUCGCCGUAAGCUGGCUUCACACAUGAAAGCACCGCAAUCGGUCCAAGACGUGAUCAAAGCUUUUCCGCGCGAUGGAUUGACUCAUCCUAUGCUUCUAGCUGGCAUUUCGGCGUUUACAUCACUGGAUGAGGGAACGAUAGCCGUCCACAAGUCGAGCAAACCUCCAUAUAUCGGGAACAUGGGCGAGACCGACGACGCCAUCAUUCGCACGCUGGCGGCUCUUGCUACCACCGUAGCCUUGGUGUACUGCCACAAGCGAGGGCGUGACUGGACGCCCGCAGACCCGGACGAGUCAUUCAUCGGUAAUCUUCUGCUAAUGAUGGGCCAGACGGAAGAAGGCAGCAGCUCUCCCAACCGCAAGCUUGAGCACUGCUUGGAACGCCUUUGGGUUCUAAAUGCUGAUCACGGCAUGACCAACUCCACAGCCGUCUUUCUCACAGCCGCCUCGACACUACAAGACCCCUUAUCGUGCACUGUAGCCGCUGUGGCGUCGGCGUACGGGCCUCUCCAUGGCGGCGCCGUCGAAAUGGCAUACAAAGAAUUUGAAAGGAUAGGAUCUGUUGAAAACGUUCCCAAGCUGAUUGCGGAAGUCAAGGCCAAGAAGCGCCGCUUGUUCGGUUACGGACACCGUAUUUACAAAGUCAGAGAUCCUCGUGGCAAGCUGGUGCUGCAGCUCAUGGACGAGUACAAGGAUGAUGUGCAGAAGAAUUCGUUUCUGAGAAUCGCCAUGGAGAUUGAUAGAGUUGCCGAAACCGACCAUUACUUCACGUCGAGGAAUCUCAAGGGAAAUGCUGACCUCUACGGCUGCUUUUUGUAUACUGCAUUGGGUAUCGAAACUGAUAUCAUCUUGGCGCUGUCUUGUCUUUCGCGGUCGCCGGGUGUUAUGGCCCACUGGCGAGAAAGCAUGGGUCAACCGCCUAUGCUGUGGCGGCCGCAGCAUAUCUUUACCGGCACAGUAGCAUCACACGAUGACGCCUAACUUCAAGGCCCAGAGAUAUGGUAUAUAAAUUCCUUGGUGGGGGAUUCAUGUUAGAUCUGUCUCUAAUCACUCCUUACUAAUCUAAUACGCUGUCGUGGCAACGGGAUUAUUAUUAUCAAUUUCAUCGCAAAGAGUAAACAUUGACAAACUUCGUGCUAGAUUGUUAGUCUAGAGUCUCUCCUCAUUCUACAAUCAGUAAAUGUUCAAGUACCUACCUCAGGUAGCUUACUAGCUACCUUAUAUAAAGUAAAGACCUAGUAGAAUAUUUGUCUUUGUUCUUUAGAAAUGAGACUUGAGUCAGUG